CUGCGGUUCCCUCUCCUCUGUGUUCAGGCACAGGUGCAGCGCAGUCUUGACAGCUCCCUCUCCCACCAGCAGAGUGCAGGCAGCGGCCGCCGUGUGAGGAAGGAGGUGGGACAGAGCACGGAGCUGAACGGCCAGGGGGGCAGCCCUCAAUCUGAACAGGACUCGGGAAUCCUGGAUGUGGAGGAUGAGGAGGAAGAUGAGGUACCUGGAGCUCAUGAGCUUGUAGACUUCUCACCUGUGUAUCGCUGUCUGCACAUCUACACAGUGCUGGGAGCCCGCGACACCUUCGAGAGCUACUACAGGAAGCAGAGACGGAAACAGGCCCGGCUGGUGCUGCAGCCGCACUCAAACAUGCACGAAACUCUGGAAGGGUACAGGAGAUACUUCAAUCAGAUAGUAGGGUUCUUUGUGGUGGAAGACCACGUCCUACACACAACUCAAGGCCUGGUGAACCGGGCCUAUGUGGAGGAGCUGUGGGAGCUGGCGCUGUCCAAGACCACAGCAGCGCUGCGAACACACUCGUCCUACUGCACAGACCCCGACCUGCUUCUGGACUUGAAGAACCUCAUUGUUCUUUUCGCCGACACACUGCAGGGCUAUGGAUUCCCAGUCAACCAACUGUUUGAUAUGUUGCUGGAGAUCCGUGACCAGUAUGGAGAGAUCCUGCUGAAGAAGUGGAACGGCACAUUCAGGCAAAUACUGGACCAGGACAACUAUAGCCCCAUUUCCGUGGUGUCAGAGGAGGAGUACAGGUGCAUUCUGGGACAAUUUCCCUUCCAUGAUCCCGAGCUGGACAAGAUGCCUUUCCCCAAGAAGGUACCCUUCUCUGGGUUUGUUCCCAAGGUCUACAUGCAGCUGAAGGAGUUUAUCUACGCCUGCUUAAAGUUCUCCGAGGACCUGCACCGCAGUUCCACAGAAAUAGAUGACAUGAUCCGGAAGUCCACCAACCUCCUGCUCACUCGAACCCUGAGCAAUUGUCUUCAGUACGCAAUUAAGAAGAAGAACGUGAGCCUUGCCGAGUUGGUGCAGAUCAUCAUCAACACCACGCACCUUGAACAGUCCUGUCAUUUCCUGGAAGGUUUCAUCUCCAACAUUACCAACGUACCAUCUGACGCUAUUAAUGCAACCAAGCUGUAUGGCACAUCAACGUUCAAAGAUGCACGUCAUGCCGCUGAGGAGGAGAUCUACACCAGCCUGAACCAGAAAAUUGACCAGUUUCUCCAGCUGGCAGAUUACGACUGGAUGGCGACGCAGCCCAAAGGAGAGCCCAGCGACUACCUGAGCGACCUCAUCACCUUCCUAUGCAGCACCUUCUCUGUGUUCACCAAUCUGCCUGGGAAAGUGAUUGAACAUGCUACUAUGUCGGGAAAAGUGGCGCAGACAGCCUGCAUGUCGGCCUGCAAGCACCUCUCCACCUCCAUGCUGCAGCUGCUCCUGGAGGCCGACGUCCGGCAGGUGUCCAUGGGAGCGCUUCAGCAGUUCAACGUCGACGUGAAGGAGUGUGAGCGGUUUGCCAGGGCCGGCCCGGUGCCUGGCUUCCAGGGGGACACUCUGCUGCUGGCCUUCAUCGACUUGAGACAACUGCUAGACCUCUUCACCCAGUGGGACUGGUCCACGUACCUGGCUGACUACGGCCGGCCCACCUGCAGGUACCUGCGGGUGAACCCACACACUGCUCUGGCGCUGUUGGAAAAGAUGAAGGACACGAGUCGGAAAAACAACGUCUUCGCACAGUUUCGCAAGAACGAACGUGACAAGCAGAAGCUCAUCGACACUGUGAUCAAGCAGCUACGUAACUUGAUCUCUGCUCAGCAGUCCUGAGACUCUCACUGUCUGGCAUCGCAUCUCCAUGCUUCACAUAGUCACACCCCCUUAAUUUUGUUUGCCAGUUGCCUGUCAGGCUGUGCCAGUGAAGCUAAGGAUGCUCACUAAACUGAACCUUUAUUUUUGAGGGUGGUGCACUUGUGGCCUAUUCCAAGCCCACGUAGGCCACAGGGGGGGCAGUGCUGGAUUUAUAUUCAUGUAAUGUGUGCCUUGAUACUCAAACUCCCCCCUUUUCUCAUUAUCCAUCUCCCACCCUAUUGCACAGAGGAGGCUUCCUUUCCUAAAAUGUUCCACAUUUGACCUUUUGAAUGGCUUGCAUAGUCUGGUUGUGUUUCUCAAAUCCAGCAGUCGCACUCCACGUCUAACCGAUAAAGGCGGCAGUCAGAAACACUAAGUGUUCUCAAGGGUGGCAGAUAUUGGGUUCUCCAUCAUUUGAUAAAUUCACUGCUUAAUGGGAUUACUCUGUUUUUUUAGCGCUAUUUUAAUACCUGAUGUACUAUUUUUUUUUUUUUUAUUCGUUUUGCACAACCAAGGGUAACCUGAGUAACUGGAACACAGGUUAGAUUUUACUUGUCUCAUUUCCAGAAGAUACCUGUAAGAUGUUGGAUCUUGCACCAUUUCUGUAGCUCCUAUGAUGAAGUACACCUGGUGAUGUGUCAUCUUCUCCUUCUGACCAUCUUUUUGAACUUCUGGGACUCUGCGGGGAGAGUGAGUCCGUACAGGUACCAUGAUGCUGUGAAGUGCUCCUACUGUUUGUCUGCAGACUGCCAUACCUGGAGCUUAUCUUCUCUGUCAUGGGUCUGUGAUCGAAUUCAUCAGUUUCUGUCCGGCUUGACUCCCGAUUAAGAGUCGAGUUGUGGCUUUAUUGGCCAACGGGCUCCUCCAAGACAUAUAGAGUACCUAUAGUGUGCCUAAAUUUCUAGCUACCUUGUUAGAGCCCUGGACAAAAUUAUACUUUGGUCCCACUACUGUCAUGUUCUUGUCUGCCAAUAGAGGCCUUGUCAGCAAUACUUAUGGCUCAACACUGCUGUUUAGUCUUCCACGCUGACUGGUAUCAGCAGUAAUGUGUUGGAAACAGUGUUCAUCGCUAGGGGAAAAAUCCAAUCUAGUCAUAUUGGUUGAGUUGUAUGGGGGUCCCCCCCCCAUGCAAAAUGCACAAGAAGAGGUGCUGUUUUAUUUUGUGAGGCUUUCAAUGCCGUUCUGUUAUAAAGGGAUCAUUAUUGGUGAAGGAAUCAUUUAAAGCUGCUUCGCCAACAAAAAUGGGAAAACAUUGUUCUUUCUGUGCAGUUUUACUCGGAUAUUUCUAGACAUUGGGAGAAUCGGUUGUCGUCUUUUUUUCCCCCCAUCCUUUUUUUUUAGACUUGUACAGUUGUGCGGUGGUGGUUGUGAGAGAGAAUCUAUGUGAACUGGGCGUGUGUUUGAGCCUGUGCCGCCUCUGCCUUGGGCUUUUUGUGUUAGUGGUGUGGGCUUCCAUCAGUGGAUCAAUGACCACACCAGUCUAGACACUGGCUCUACAAGAACUGUCGACUUCAGGCCAGAGGAUGACCCUGGAGAUCAUUCCACGUAGUUCGCAAGAGGCCGGGUGAGCACCAGAAUCCUGAAGUGCGUGCUGUGAGGGUUGGCUUGGAACGAGAAUCAGAGUGAAUGAGUUAUUGGGAUCUUCACUGAUUCUCACUGUACAGUUUGUAUUUCAUAAAACCACUAAUGUUGCCAAGGGUGAUGUAGUACUAAUGAAGCUAAUGCAAAUAUGAACAAAUAAAGGAACAAAUGAGAAUUGUC